AAAGAAAAUAUAAGAAUAAAGAAAAUUGUGUAUGAGUAAAAUUUGAAGAAAUUGGAUAUGUCCGAGUGGCUAAGGAGGCAGACUUGAAAUCUGCCGAGUUUCAGCCGCAGCAGGUUCGAGUCCCGCUGUUUUCUUUGUUGUGAGCUGUGAGCUUGAGUGUGUUUUGUUCUAUCGCUGGCCUCUUUGGCAGUAUUUUCAAUCCUUAAAUAAAAUGUUAGGGUUUUACGAUUUCUGAAUCUCAACGACGUUUUGGCGCUCAGAAAUGGAAGAACAACAAUCCAAAACGACGCAAGAGUUGGCGAUGGAAGGGCAGAAGUACUUGGAAGAAACCAUAGAGAAUGCUUUCCAGAUCCUUUCUUCCAUGAACGACGAGCUCUGCAACCCCGUUUUGUGGUCCACCUCUCCCUCCGCCUCCUCCUCCCCCAACGCCGACGCCACUUCCGAAAACUCCAACCACCACGCCGACGCCACCACCGCCGCUGCUGGCGGCGGAGGCGCCCUCGAACAGGCCCGAUCCCGAUACAAGAAGGCAGUCGCCGCGCUUCGCACCAUUCUCACUGCCAUUCCUAACUCCCAGAAGGCAAAUGCAUUCAAUGCCAGUUCAGCUGCUAGCCCUGCUGAUGAAGCUGAAAUUGAUAAGUUGGAGGAGCGAGCCUCUUCUCUAAGAAGGGAGCUUGCCAACAAGAACUUGCACCUAAAGACACUCAUAGAUCAACUGCGUGAUCUUAUCACUGAUAUAUCAACAUGGCAUAGUCCUUUUUCAACCUGAAGUUUGGGACGAGUACUUAAAUUUGUAGAGUGGUACCAAAAAAUGGAAACCUGAUUCAGAGUACAGUAAAUGGUAAUAAUGCUUGAUAUUUUUCCACCUGAAGUUGCAUCAGUGGAUCUCAAGUUCUCAAUACAUUCUCAUCCUAUGGUUUCAGACCUCUAACGAUGAGAGGUUAUCUGAAAAUGGUUAUCCAAUGUCUUGUAUUUUGUAGAUUUUUGUCACAUAAAUUUUAUAAAAUAGCAAUCUGCCAAUAUCUAACAACUAUUUGAUGGAAUCAUUCAUUUGAUUGUCAGAAAUUGUAACUAACAACUGUCUUUUGAAGUUUAGAGAAGGGUGCCUGUAUUUGGUCUGAAGAUGAAACUUGAUCCUAUUUACCAAAUUUUGCAACUUAUAGCUUGUUCCUUAGCUGAAUACACUGCAUUUUAUGUUUCA